AUGAGACUGAUUGAAGCUGGCGAUAGACAAUUCGUCGUUGAAUAUGAUGUGGAGCGUAAAGAUUCAAACUUAUUAUAUACGUUAGAUGGUUACUUUGUGCACUUCUAUGCCCCGGAUGAAGAGCCGACAUGGCCAAAGAAUGUUGUUAUCAUGAUCGAUGUUAGUGGAUCGAUGAGUGGAGAUAAGAUCAAUCAAGUGAAGAUUGCUUUGCGUGAAAUCCUUCAAAUUUUCAAUGGAGUCAGUGACACCUUCAUUUUGGGUACAUUUGACGAGAAUGUUCAGUGGCGAUAUAUUCUGAGUUUUCAAGAAGCCAUGGAUUUUGUAGAUUCUUUAGAAGCAUCUGGAGGAUCUAUCUAUCUGUCUAUCUAUCACUAUUUCUAUCUAUAUCUAUCUCUAUAUCUAUCUAUCACUAUAUCUAUCUAUCUAUCUAUCUCUAUUUCUAUCAAUAUUUCUAUCUGUUUCUGUUUCUAUCUAUAUCUAUAUCUAUCUCUAUCUAUAUACAUAUCUAUCUAUAUAUCUAUAUAUAUACAUAUCUGUCUAUCUAUAUCUAUCUAUAUCUAUCUCUAUUUCUGUCUAUCUAUUUUUAUCUGUCAAUUUUUAUCUAUCUCUAUUUCAUCUAUUUCUAUCUAUAUCUAUCUAUAUCUAUAUCUAUAUAUCUAUCUAUCUAUAUAUAUAUAUAUAUCUGUCUAUCUAUAUCUAUCUCUAAUUCUAUUCAUCUAUUCAUCUAUCUAUCUAUCUAUCUAUCUAUCUAUCUAA